AUGGUAUUCUUUUCCAUUUUCACUUUCGUGGCAAUUGCUCUCUCCAAGGAGUCAUAUCACCCUGUUCUUCAGCGUCGCCGUUCGAAAGGACUGAACCAAGAACCAUCUCCACGGGCACCCCUGUCAUCGCGAAUCCGUCUUUUUGCAACGAUUGCUCUCCUCCGACCCUUGAAUAUGCUGAUCGCAGAGCCAAUCGUUGCAUUCAUCUCACUAUAUGUUGCAUGUGAGCUUGCCACUCUCUUCUCCUUCUUUGGUGCGAUCCCCCUGGUCUUCCAAGGAGUCUAUCAUAUGUCUCUCGAAGUAUCUGGUUUGAUCUUCCUCGCUAUCGUGAUUGGAUGUUUGCUUGCAGUGGUCACCAUCCUCCUGUGCAAUCUUUUUUUCUAUCUUCCCCAAACAGCCCGCUAUCCCGGCCAGCAAGUGCCGCCUGAGCACCGCCUAUACCCAGCGCUUAUUGGCAGUCUGGGAUUGCCGAUCGGACUGUUCUGGUUUGCGUGGACGGCAAGGGCAGAUAUCUCUUGGGUGUGUCCGACCAUUGCUCUCAUGAUCUUCUCUUGGGGGAAUUUGUGUGUUUUCAUUAGCACAUCGAUAUACAUCGUCGAUACGUAUCGGGGAAGUACAGUUGCCAGUGCGAUGAGUGCCAAUAGCUUGGCGAGGUAUCUACUGGGUGCUGCCUUUCCGCUUUUCACUAUCCAGAGUGAGUGUUGCUUUCCUAGUCUGUUGUCUUUGCUCUCACUCAUCAUUCUAGUGUAUGAGAAUUUGGGCAUCGGGUGGGCCUCGAGCUUGGUGGGAUUCAUCGCCGCUGCCUUGUUACCGGUUCCCUGGGUUCUCUUCAAGUUCGGGAAGAAAUUCCGAUCCUGGAGUAAAUAUGAAACUGCGAAAGAUGCCAAUGAUGUGUACUAG